AUGGCAAAACUGCACCAUCUCUUCCUUCUGACUAUUUUUGUGGUAAUCAUACCGACAUUAGUGAAUGCUAAUCUCAAAGAGCAAAAGUCAUAUUGGGAUAAUAUAUUUCCAUCUUUAAAUAAUACUUAUUGGCGGGCAAGAGCAGAAACGGCUCAAAAGAUAAACAGCAAGGCUUAUGCUUCUGACCCAUAUGCAAUCUCCGGAAACAUGACUUCUAGUGUUAGCGAAAUGAUAAUUGAUGGCAAUAAAGGAAGAAGGAAUUUAAUGGGGAAAAAACUAGCCAAUGCCGGUCCAUGUAUGGCUACAAACCCCAUUGACAGGUGUUGGAGGUGUGAUCCUAACUGGGCAAAUAACCGCCAGAAACUUGCAGAUUGUGUGAAAGGUUUUGGAAGGAAAACUACUGGUGGAAAAGCUGGUCCUAUCUAUGUGAUAACUGACCCCUCGGAUAAUGACAUGGUUAAUCCACGUCCAGGUACCCUUAGGCAUGCAGUUACAAGAAAUGGACCUUUGUGGAUUACCUUUGCCCGUAGCAUGAAUAUUAGGCUCAGCCAAGAACUUAUCAUGACAAGUGACAAGACCAUUGAUGGACGAGGAGCUGAUGUUAUCAUUGCUAAUGGAGCUGGUAUUACUAUCCAGUUCAUCAAUAAUGUGAUCAUCCAUGGGAUCAAAAUUUUUGACAUUCAAAUUGGCAGCGGGGGUCUUAUUAGAGAUGCUGAGAACCAUUUUGGUCUAAGGACUAUGAGUGACGGUGAUGGAAUUUCAAUUUUUGGCUCCAGCAAUGUUUGGAUUGACCAUGUUUCCAUGAGAAACUGCAGAGAUGGACUCAUUGAUGUCAUUAUGGGAUCCACCGCUAUAACCAUCUCCAAUGGCCAUUUCACAGAUCACAACGAGGUAAUGUUGUUUGGUGCAAGUGAUGGCUAUGAUGGUGAUAAGAAAAUGCAGAUUACACUUGCAUUCAACCACUUUGGUAAGAGACUAAUCCAAAGGAUGCCAAGGUGUAGAUAUGGUUUUGUCCAUGUACUUAACAAUGACUACACUCACUGGGAAAUGUAUGCCAUUGGUGGUAGUAAACACCCUACCAUUAUAAGCGAGGGUAACCGAUUCAUAGCCCCCGACAACGGCUAUGCUAAAGAGAUAACAAAGAGGGAGUACUCACCAGAGGCAGAGUGGAAAAACUGGCAAUGGAGAUCAAUCAACGAUGUGUACAUGAACGGAGCAUUUUUCAGACAAGCUGGACCUGAGCUGACUAACAGACCAUUCUCAAGUAAGGACAUGAUCAAAGCUAAGCCUGGAACUUUCGUGGGAAGGCUUACUCGUUAUUCUGGCAGCCUUAAAUGCAUAGUGGGGAAGCCUUGUUAG